AGGCCUGACUUCCAGAAACUCAUCCCUAUGGGUGGUAAAUCUAAAGAGGCUGGAUACAAAGGAGGAAGCAUGGUAAAGGCAGCAUCUUCCCAGGAUCCAUGGGCUCUUUGAGAGAUGAUCAGAGGGAGGCCAGAUGAUCUACACAACACACAUGCCACUGUUUCUCGUCCGCAAAGGCAGCAUCGGAGCGUUCUCCCCAGCCCUGCGCCCCCCGGCUUGCCUGAUCGUUUCCGGAUGUUUCGCAGCUGUGAGUGGGAGGUCCUGGAGCGAUCCCUCAAUAUCCUCCAGGCCAGCGACUUCUACUGGGGCCCCUUGUCUGUGGGGGAGGCUCACGCCAAGCUGCAGCGGGAGCCCGUGGGCACCUACUUGGUGCGGGACAGCUCGCAGGGGAACUGCUUGUUCAGCCUGAGCGUGCGGAUGCCGACGGGGCCUGUCAGCCUCCGAAUCUCUUUCCAGGAGGGCUAUUUCCGUCUGAAGAACUGGUUUUCGGACUGCGUGGUCCAGCUGCUGGAGCUGGUGGUGGCAGGGACCCGGAACAACCCCUUGCACUUUGAUGAGAUGGGGGAAACUCCUCUUGUCUUCUCCGAGCCUCUGUGCCGGAGCCGCCGGGCAGUGCCCACACUGCGGGAACUGUGCUGCCGGAGCCUGCCCGCUGGAGCUGCGAUGGGGGGUGGAGCAGGGCUGGGGAGCUCCUCAGGGAUGCACCCCAGGGAGGAGGUGGUCUCACCCCUGGGUGGAAGGGGAGGGUCAGUGGGGGACAUUGUCCCCAGCCACUCUUCGUCCUGGAGUGGGAGAUGA